CAUCGUCCCUCAUCCUCCAAAUACCCAAAAACGAAUAAAACAAAUAUCACAGCUGCGCUAUGAAUCGAACAUAAUUGUUUAUCAAGCACAAACCGCAAGUCCAAAUAAUUUGAUUGGAUACCACGAAUAAAGAAAAACGACCUGUUAUCAACAGUUGACCCUCAAGUUGUUUCUUCACAGCGAUAGGUCGUACAGGCUGCACGGAUGCUGUUAACGUUGUCCGCGCAAUAAGUUGAAGACGCGUUCGUUGAUAAUGUUAGCAUAAUCUUAACACCAAGAACGAAACAAACUCGACGGAACAGAUAGAACCAGUGUGGAAUUCUAUUCGGUCAUGUAAGCGUUGAAGAAGUUUUCGUGAAAAUUCGCAGCGAAAACGAGGAUAAACGGUGAAGAGUCGAAGAAAAAAAUUGGUUGAUUAGUGAGAUUAGAGAUGUAGCGAUGCCGUAUCAUUUGGCCCGAGUACCGAACAGUGAUCAACCUUUCAUGGAUUUCAUUUCUUCAGCUGUAGAAGAAAAACGAUUUGUGGCUUACACUUGCAUCAGUGCAUCGUUAACGAACGUUACAGAGAGAUUCUAUAGAAAUAAAAAUCUUCAAGGUUCAUAUUCGCUGUACAGCUGGAAAAAGCGUGUAGGGAUCGCUGGUAGAAGAAAAUGGCAGUCGAUUUUCUUGCUGGAUGUCUGGGAGGGUGCGCCGGUAUUAUGGUGGGAUAUCCUCUGGACACCAUCAAGGUUCACAUGCAGACACAAGACUAUCGUAAACCGAAGUACAAAGGCAACUGGCACUGCUUUCGUACGAUACUUGCAGAAGAAUCGGUAGCUGGUUUCUACCGAGGCAUGUCAUCCCCAGUAGCAGGCGUAGCAGUCGUAAACGCCAUAAUCUUCGGAAUCUACGGCCAAACACAACGACACAUCCCCGAUCCCGACUCGUUGCGCUCGCACUUCAUCGCCGGUGCACUGGCCGGAAUAGCUCAGAGUCCAAUCUGCAGUCCCAUCGAGUUAGCCAAAACCCGCAUGCAGUUACAGGCGUCCUCGUCUCGGUUUUCCGGCCCAGCGCAGUGUCUGUGGCACACGUAUCAGCAGGAGGGGUACCGUGGUGUGUUCAGAGGUCUAAACAUCACGUUCCUGAGGGAAGCACCGAGCUUCGGGACGUAUUUCCUCACGUACGAGGCAUUAACCAGAACAUCCGGACCAGGUGCGGUGUCCACACCGUGCAUGCUGUUGGCGGGAGGCAUCGCUGGCUCCGCGUCCUGGAUAAUUUCGUAUCCUUUGGAUGUGUUGAAGUCCCGGAUCCAGGCGAUUGACGGACACCGUUACAACGGGAUGAUGGACUGCCUGAGACAGUCGAUCAAAACGGAGGGCUACUCUUGUUUGUACAGAGGUCUCAGUUCGACGAUCCUGAGAGCGUUCCCGACGAACGCCAUCACGUUCACGGUGGUCAUGUGGACGUUCCGGAUAUUCGAGCGGGAAACCAAUGCGGUUGAGACGCAGACCAAAAUGGUGGAGUCCAUCAAGGAAAUGGCGGACGUCGGGAAGAAAUGGGACACCUUUGUGAGCAACGUGUCGGAAAGCAUGAGUAUACCUACGUUGUGCUAUUCGACGAUGUCGAUGAUGUCCCUGAGCGACCUCAAACUCUGCAGUUCUACGUUCUGCCAGAGAGAGGAGAGAGAGGUAAAGGAAAAUAGGGAAGACAAGUGUUCGAAAGUGGAGGAAGAGAAACUGAAAGGGGGGAAAGAUAUCGACGAAGAGAAUGGUGAGAAGAAAAUGGAGCGGACAUUUUGUGAACAGACUAUGAACACUGUAUCCAUGUUUCUUGCAUAAUUAAUGUACGAUAGUGACUUUAUUUCAAAUGUGGUAUGAGUACUUAUGUAGGAUAAAUGGAGUGUAGUAUGAUUAAUAAAGAUGUGCAAUUUAUUUUG